CAGUGGUAUUUCAGCUUAAUUUGAAAUACCUACAUGUGAAAAUUACAAACCUUUUGCGGGUAGUAGUAUAAACAAAUAAUAGCAUGAUUCUUACGUGAUAUUUGGUACAAAUACCUCUCGUGAUAUUUCAAAAUUGUCUCAAAUUUCACUCGCCUAACGGCUCGUGAAAUUAGGUAUAACAAUUUUGAAAUAUCGCUCGUGGUAUUUUUGCCAAAUAUCAUUACGAAUCAUGCUAUUACCUAUACAAAUAGUUUUUAGCCAACCGCGGAGGGGAAUGGGAUCCUUUUCAGGGGCGGAUCUAGGAGGAGGGUGCAGGGGGUGCGCAACCCCCCUGAGAUGACCUGCCGUUUUCUAAUACAACUGGUAUUCUGUAAAAACUAUGUGGUUUAUUGGUGUUGAAGUAGAGCAAGAGACGAGUGCACCCCCUCCUAAAAAAAAUCCUGGACCCACUCCUGCUUUUCAAAACCUUUUCCGCCAAAAAAGUGAACCUACUCACUGGUUCGCAAUUUACAUGGAAGUUAUAUAAGUAUCGAGAUAGAAAUGCAAUUUGUCUGUGAAUAUAUACCUUUGUCUUGACAGUGACUUCAUUUUACUGGUCGAGCGAGCACUGUACUUAUUGUUAGCAUUAGCUGACUGAAUAUCUCGCAACUUCAGGCUGCAUUAUGUACUAAGUACAUCAUCAUCAGCAUCAUCAUCAUAAUCAUCGUCGUCGUCGUCAUCGCCAUCAUCAUGGUCACGGUCAUGGUUUCAUCAACAUCACCAUCAUUAUCAUCAACAUCGUCGCCUUUACCACUACCACCACCACCACCUUCAUCAUCAUAAUCCUCAUCAUCAUCUUCAUUAUUAUUUCUUUUGUUCAAGCAGGUUAUAUAACGUGUCGGUGUUGAUUUGAUGUGAGGCUGCUAUGCUAUAGCACUACACACACAUAGACGCAGUCCUCUGUUCUUAAAGAACAGUGUGUGGGUUUUUUUGAACGUAUUGCAGAUUUUUUAUUUGAGUAAGGAUCGUAAAGAAGGAGGUGUAUUUAUUGACUUCUCAGGACGAAUACGAUCUAUAUACACGAAUGUACGACGCCGAUAAAGCUGAACUAUCGGAGCUGCAAGCUCGCUUUGACAUUUUAGAGAGGAAAUAUAAUGCGAUCAUAGAGGAAAGAAGACUCUUAGAAGAAGCCAAAGCGAGAAAGUUGGAAGAAGAAAUGAAGCAAAACAAAGCUGCUGCAACCAUACAAGCAGUUUGGCGAGGAUACCAGUUUAGGAGGCUUAUGCGCAACAAAGCCAAGAAAGCGGGCAAAAAGAGCAAGGGUGGAAAAUAA